UUAAAACCCUGUUCCGUACAUAUUUUGUCUUCCUCACCGUAAUACAACUUCGUUUUACAGAUUGCCUUGCAUCAAUCCUAAAUAUCUCUGUCUAGCCCUAGAAUUUUGCUGCAAUCUCCCUAAAGCUGGGCACUGAAUCUCUUCAUCAGCUCAUUAAGUUCCCAACUAUUCUUAAAUUGAGUUGGAAAUUCAGCUGUUAAGUGUAGGUUUCACCUGUCUCAUCGAUGGCCGCGAGUGCUAAUAAUCCUUCAGGCGCUCAGAGAGAUGGCAACACCAACAAUAAUAAUAACGGCAACAGCAACAGCAACAGAAACGGCACUGCGCCGGAAAAUACCAGCGGAAGCGGCGUGUCAGCCCAAACCUCACUCCGCCAUAACCCGGGCAUAUCGCUUGAUUGGACGCCAGAGGAACAAUCGACGCUAGAAGAUUUACUUACCAAAUAUGCCUCUGAACCCAACAUUAUUCGGUAUGCCAAGAUUGCUCAGGCAUUAAAAGAUAAGACAGUCCGUGAUAUUGCAUUGCGUUGCAGAUGGAUGAAUAAAAAGGAAAACGGCAAGAGAAGAAAAGAUGAUAACAAUUUGAGGAGAAGUAAAGACAAAAAGGAAAAAGCAAUAGAUUCAUUGCCAAAAUCUUCUCAAGUAGCAAGCCACACAAAUGGCCUGCCAUAUGUUCAGCCGAUAUUGACUGAAAGUGAUGAUGGAAUUUCAUAUACUGCUAUUGGUGGAGUCACUGGACAGCUUCUUGAGCAAAGUGCUAAUGCCUUGGAUCAAAUUUCUGCCAAUUUUUCUGCUUUUAAGAAUUUUUCCUACAGGUCCAUGAGAACAUCAACCUCUUCUGUCAAGCUCGGACAAAUAUCCUUUCAAUCUUAAAUGACUUCAAUGACUUGCCAGAAAUAAUGAAGCAGAUGCCACCACUUCCUGUCAAGCUGAACGUAGAUCUGGCCAACUCCAUUCUUCCUCAAGCACCCAUGGUCAAUAACUCUUGAGAUGCUUCCGUGUUCUUACUGCUGAUUCUGAUUCUCCGAAGUUAUGGUGCCCUGUGAAAUAUUUAUAAGAACAACAAAAAUUCUGCCAGUCAACUCUGUUCUAGAUGGAAGUCCCCAGGUUUUCAUUCUUUAGAGCCUAGUGAUUGUCGCUGUGACUAGUCAUUUGUAGUUGAAUUUUUCUUUUUCGCCUUGAUUUUCUUCCGUCUAUCUGAAGUUACACGCACUGUGAAUAUUUCUAGUAAAAGAAAUAGUUAUGGAAGUCCCAGGUGUUCGUGCAAUCACCAGAGUGUAGUUGUAACUUGUCAUUUGUGGAUUUUCCUUUUCGGCUUCCUCUUUGUUUAGAGAUAUAGUCGUUGUUAUAGUGUACUAUAGAACUCUUUUUUAGCUUUGUAAAUAACUGUGGGAUAAGUUAAUGAAAUAUGUUCUCUUCAUUUGAA